GCGGCCCUGCACGUUUUGCCGGAACAGCCGUAACUCUGCGCAUCAGAUGGAGACGACACACUGAAGCUUCCGCGUGAUCAACGAGUAAAGCGGCGAUAGCGCACGCUUUCAGUGACGCCCUUUCAAGAGCUGCUCUGAGGAUUUGCCACUCCUCUCCUCAGCGCAGUAGCUGCUUAACAUGGAAGUGAAGUUCGCUCCCUUAAGACCUUGGGACGAUUUUAUGUUUGGCUCCACGCGUUUCGCCCAGCCAGAUUUUCGAGAUUUAGCUAAAUGGAACAAUCGAGUGGUCAGCAACUUGCUGUUCUAUCAGAGCAACUACUUCGUCGUGGCUGUCUGCCUCUUCCUACUUAUCGGGUUUAUGAGUCCAUUGGAAAUUCUCCUCGGAGGAGCAGUGGUAGCAGUGAUUUUCAUGGGCUCUGUGUGGGCCUCUGAAAAUAAGGCAGCAAUUGGUAAUUUCAAGCGCCAGCACCCAACUUUCUUUGUUUUGGCCAUUCUAAUGAUGAGCUACUUUUUCAUUUCCAUAAUCGGGGGUGUGAUGGUUUUCUUGCUUGGAAUCACAUUACCAUUACUUUUAAUAUUUGUACAUUCUUCUCUACGGCUUCGGAACCUUCAAAAUAAGCUUGAGAAUAAGAUGGAAGAGAUUGGACUUAAGAAAACCCCCAUGGGGAUCUUACUGAAUGCACUUGGUCAGGAACAGGAGCACAUCUCUAAAAUUGCUGAUAUUUUGGCGGCACAAAGCAAAAACUAACAAGGUUCUGAUUAACUUAGCACCUUUUAGUUUGUUGUGCAGUAUUCCUGGAAUAAGAUUUUUGAAGAGCCUUAACAAGCUGGUAUUGAUGUUCAUUUUCAAGUAUUCCAAGCUUUAAUAAGCUGAUAUUAAUGCUACAUUUUCAAUUAUUCCAAAGUACAACUGGAAAUGUUUUUUUGCAAAGUAAUAUGUAUUGUGGAAAAUUAACUGCUUGAUACAGUGACAAUAUGCAGUUUUGUCUUUGUGUACCUUAGAAUUUUUCUUGUCUAAAUCCCAAAUGACAUGGUAAUGUAACAAUUUAACUGGAUGAUGAUGUGUAAACUUGCACUUUCUGUUAUAGUACUUGUAUUUAUUUAAUUGGUUAAAGUCUGAUAUAGGAUUGAAGGACAUUAUCCAAAAGAUAUUUUGAUUCGCAUGGGUAAAAGAAUCUGAAUAUAGAUUUGAUAGUGCAGGGUUGUGUGGAAGCACUAUGUUGACAUCUUUACUAUUUAAAGUGAGUUUUCAAUCCCAGUUUCAAAUGUAUCAAGUUGCAUAUCCUUCUUGUUUGGUGUGAUCUUGUUUGUAAAUGUAUAUAAAAUACCUUUGUAUUAGUUUGAUAUUUGGGGAAAUAGAACGCUCAAUUUAUCUUUGUAAGUCCACUUAAUAUGGUGUGCAAAUUUGGUGAUGGAAAUUAGUACUGUAUAAAAUUGAGCUUGAGUAAAACAUGAAAACAAUUAUCAUAAAUUAACUGUCAUUGUAAAAUUGAGCACAUAUAUAAGCAACACAACUGAAGUCAUGCCUUCAGAAUGUGAAGCACAUGUCAUCACCAUUGUUCUCCCUUGGCAUUCAAAUCAAUUUUUACAAAACCUAAUGGUCAUAAAAUGAGUUUUAAAAACUCAUCCUUGAGGAUUUUGACUUUUUUAUUUUGACUAAACUGUAAUUGUAAUGCUUCAGCUGUUUUAAAACAGCUGUUAAAUUGGAGUAUGAGCUCAUGACAAAGAAUUUAGUGUAUAAACUACAACUGAUGUGUAUCUAUUUUCAGGUCCAAAGAUAUGCAAUAUCUCGCAUGCAAUAAAAGCUACUCAAAUUA